UCUUGGAUGAUCCGGGAGCGGCGGCGGUGCUGCUGCUGUUGCUGCUGGCUGAGGGGAAAGCCCGCCCGCCCUCUCGGCUCCUCUCCACACGCGCCUAGACCGAGCCAGGCCUUGGGCCGCGCAAGGGAGCUGAAGGGGGUGGGAGGGAGGGGAAAGGCCCGCGUGGCCUCGGCCUGCCCCGCUGCCUGGGGGGGGACCUCCGUGGGGGAGAGGCAAGGGGGGCGGUUCGAGAUGAGAGCCGCGGCCCGGUGAAGCGGGGCUGGGGGCCGGGGAGAGAGGGGAAGGGAGGCUGUGAGAGGGGCGGAGAAGCCUCCUGGGAACAGACCUGAGGGGCUGCUUCCCCGCAGGUGGCGAGGGAGAGCGUGAGGGGAGCAGAAAGCGGGUUUUAAACGGCCUCCUCCCGCAGUAAUUCUCCACAUAGCCUCUUCGUCGGGCUCUGUUGCUCUUGCUGCAGCGUCCUGCGCCCCUCCUCGCCCACAGCCCCAUCCCUCCGCCUUGCAAGCUGCUAGCUAGUCCGUUCUUAUCCCCCUCUCCUCGAAUCCCAGCCCACUAUUACCAUUCCUCCCCCCUUUUUGGCGCUUCCAUGAGAAUCCCCUUUCUCUUUAAUCCUCUGCCACCACCUUCUGUGGAUCCUAAUCUUGUCUGUAGGAUGAUCCCUGAAGACUCCCAGGGGGAUGCAAUGCCCUAUUGCCAGACUGGAAUAUAGAUGAGAGAGUGGUACCGGCGGAGGAAAUCACCCAUAUUUCCUUCCCACACUCCAUGGUUUCUUGAUGGUGACCCUUUGUAACCACUAUCAUGCAGUAGCAUUACAAUUUUUUUUUGUAAAUAUAUAUAGGGGGGUUUUGUGGGGGGAGGAGGGUGUUAGGAUUUUUUAAAAAUUUUUUAUAUAACAUAUAGCUGGGUUUUGCCCUCACAAACGUGCUUCAGCACAAGUGAAUGAAAAUGUCCACUAGAACGCCUUUGCCCACGGUGAACGAACGCGACACUGAAAAUGAUGCUGGAACGUCAGUAGGGGAAAGCUUUUGUGAAAAGCACACCUCUCACGGUGAAGGACGGCAGGAUGUUUCCUCUCGGACUAGUCGCUCUGGGGCCCGCUGUAGGAAUUCUAUAGCUUCCUGUGCAGAUGAGCAGCCCCAUAUUGGGAAUUACCGACUUCUUAAAACAAUCGGAAAGGGGAAUUUUGCAAAAGUGAAACUGGCCAGGCACAUCCUCACUGGCAGAGAGGUUGCGAUAAAAAUAAUUGACAAAACUCAGUUGAAUCCAACUAGUCUACAGAAGCUGUUCAGGGAAGUAAGGAUAAUGAAGAUUUUAAAUCAUCCAAAUAUAGUUAAAUUAUUUGAAGUAAUUGAAACUGAAAAAACACUCUACUUAAUCAUGGAGUAUGCAAGUGGGGGGGAGGUAUUUGACUAUCUAGUUGCACAUGGAAGAAUGAAGGAAAAGGAGGCAAGAGCUAAAUUUAGACAGAUAGUGUCUGCAGUGCAGUAUUGCCACCAAAAGCAUAUUGUUCAUAGAGACUUAAAGGCUGAAAAUCUAUUGCUAGAUGCCGACAUGAACAUUAAAAUAGCUGAUUUCGGUUUUAGCAACGAGUUUACAGUUGGAAAUAAACUGGACACAUUUUGUGGCAGUCCUCCAUAUGCUGCUCCUGAACUCUUCCAAGGCAAAAAGUACGAUGGGCCUGAAGUUGACGUUUGGAGCUUAGGCGUCAUUCUUUACACUCUUGUGAGUGGAUCUCUGCCUUUUGAUGGUCAAAAUCUAAAGGAACUGAGAGAGAGAGUACUCAGAGGGAAAUACAGGAUUCCUUUCUACAUGUCCACAGACUGUGAAAACCUGCUAAAACGAUUCCUGGUGCUAAACCCAACUAAAAGAGGCACUCUUGAGCAAAUUAUGAAGGACAGGUGGAUCAAUGCAGGGCAUGAGGAUGAUGAACUUAAACCUUUUGUUGAACCAGAACUAGACAUCUCGGACCAGAAGAGAAUAGACAUUAUGGUUGGAAUGGGAUAUUCUCAAGAAGAAAUACAGGAAUCCCUUAGUAAAAUGAAAUAUGAUGAAAUCACUGCUACAUAUUUGCUACUGGGAAGGAAAUCAUCAGAGUUGGAUGCCAGUGAUUCAAGUUCCAGCAGCAACCUUUCACUUGCUAAAGUCAGGCCAAGUAGUGAUCUCAACAAUAGCACUGGACAAUCUCCACAUCACAAGGUGCAGAGAAGUAUAUCUUCCAGCCAGAAGCAGCGACGGUACAGUGAUCACGCUGGUCCAUCUAUUCCUCCAGUAGUAGCAUAUCCAAAAAGAAGUCAGACUAGCACUGCAGACGGUGACCUUAAGGAAGAACGGAAGUCCGGCAGCAGUGCUGCUGGAGGAAGAGGAAUUGCUCCUGCUAGCCCCAUGCUCGGGAAUGCCAGCAACCCCAAUAAGGCUGAUAUUCCUGAGCGGAAGAAAAGCUCUGCUGCCCCCAAUAACAACACUGCACCUGGAGCCAUGACCCGGCGAAACACAUACGUUUGUAGUGAACGAACCACUGCAGACAGGCAUUCGGUCAUUCAAAACGGCAAGGAGAGCAGCACUGUUCCUGAUCAAAGAACCCCGGUUGCUUCAACUCACAGCAUCAGUAGUGCAACAACACCAGAUCGGAUCCGUUUCCCAAGAGGAACUGCAAGUCGUAGCACUUUCCAUGGUCAGCUUAGAGAACGGCGUACUGCCACGUACAAUGGACCACCUGCAUCGCCCAGUCUGUCCCAUGAAGCAACACCGCUUUCACAGACACGAAGUAGGGGCUCCACUAACCUAUUCAGUAAAUUAACUUCAAAGCUGACAAGAAGAAACAUGUCAUUCAGGUUUAUCAAAAGGCUCCCGACUGAAUAUGAGAGGAACGGGAGAUAUGAGGGCUCAAGCCGUAACGUGGCUGGUGAUCAGAAGGACGACAACAAGGAAGCGAAGCCCCGUUCCCUGCGUUUUACCUGGAGCAUGAAAACCACCAGUUCUAUGGAUCCUAAUGACAUGAUGAGGGAAAUUCGCAAAGUCCUGGAUGCCAAUAACUGUGACUAUGAACAGAGGGAGCGUUUCUUGCUUUUCUGCGUCCACGGGGAUGGCCACGCAGAAAACCUCGUGCAGUGGGAGAUGGAGGUGUGUAAGCUGCCAAGACUGUCCCUGAACGGAGUUCGCUUUAAACGGAUAUCGGGAACAUCCAUAGCUUUUAAAAACAUUGCUUCCAAAAUUGCCAAUGAAUUAAAGCUGUAAUGAGAGAAGAGCAAUCGAGUUUGUAAAUUUAAAGUAGCAAUUUCAAGUGGGUUUUUUUUUUUUUUGGGAGAACACCAAUGGAAAUGUAUAGAAUAAUAUCUAGGGCAAUAACUUCUGCAUCUUCUGAAUCAUGAUAUUAAAAAAAAAACAAGCUGCUGAGCUGGGAGGGAGAGUUGGACUUUUUUUUUAUAAGUGCACUACAGCAUUAAAGUUGCCUACUAUGUAAAAUAUUAUUCCCUUCUGCUUUAUUUCCAUUGCUCCAAGUUCUUUGGUAAACAUUCUGAAACACACAAUAUAUACAUUUGGAUAUGCCUCCUGUUUGUGUGGAUGUGUGAAUGUACAGUAUGUGUGUAUAAUUAUGAUAUAAAAGUAUUAUAUGUAAACAAUUCAUUGAAAAACAUCAAAGAUGUACCAGUACCUCUUUUUUUGGGCUAAUUUUGGUGCUAAAAUUGAAACAGCCAAAGUGGAAACACUUUAACAUAACUGACUAGUUAACCAGUAAAUGCAGGUUUUUACAAUUCACUGCUAUGUUUAAGAUUAGUAUGAAGGGUUUGGUUUAAUGGUUGUGAACAAUUAUUCCUGUGGGGUUUUUUUAUUUGCUCUCAUGAGGUGAUUUAAAACUCAUGGUUUUUUUUUCAAAGCCUUGCAUUAUUUCUCCCUCCUAUUUAUUAUUAUUUAAGUCUGAAUCCAAUUAAAACUACACAUUUGUGAUAAUUAAAAUUG